GGGCAUGCGCAAGGACAUCGAGUGCUGCUAUGGAAGAGUGAAGGGACGCUUCCGCCUGUUCAAGGCAGGCAUUCUCUAUAAGACCCGCGACAGCAUCGACAACCCAUGGUUCACGGCGUGCAUCCUCCACAACAUGCUUCACCACUGCGACAAACUGGACGUCAUGACGGAGGCGACCGGCUGGCGGGGAUCGGCCGGGCCGUUGGGGGGGGGCGAGCCAGAUGUAGGCACGGGGGACCACAACGACAGCGAGAAACCAUCCCCAGGGUUCGAAGAGUUUCGCGCGAAGCUCGUCACCCACUUCUCUGUAGCAUGGACCAGGCAGGAGGUUGUGUGGUUUCAGAGGGCAGCGGUAUGAGAGGCGUAGACAGCCUCCAGAUUACGUUGUGUCUGUUUUCUGUUCUCUUACCCCUGCCGUCAGCAUAGGUCAGUAGGACGACUGCUUCCUGUGCGAGUUUGUCGUCGCCUCGAUUGUCUAACUAUUGCUCGUGUAUUU